GGUUGGCACGAGCCUGUUUGUUAGUGUGCAAAACACUGGGAAUUAGGCUAGGCGGAUGUGCCAUUGAAGGCCGGCCCGAUGAAAACCGUAACAAUGGUUGUGCAGUUUGCCCAGACAUUUGGCAUUUAUUCUUGACCCUUCUCUCGAACUUGUUAACAGUGCAGUCGCGACAAAUAUGCAUCAUAUUUUGCGAGGAAUUGUCAAGUCCGACUCUCCGGAAGAUGUCAAACGAAACUUGAUCGAAAAUAAGCUUAUUCCGGCUGCUUCAAAACCGAUGAACUCAAAUGACUGUCAAUCUCUGCUUGAAGUGUCAUGGGACCUCGCAAUCAGUGGUGACAAUGGCUUUCUUCAGAACGGUGGAAUUCAGGUGUUCACAGCUUGGUGCAAGUAUCACAGGAAUGCUCUGACAAGGUUUUUCACCCACAGCCACUUGACGACAGCUCUGACAUCACCUGAAGUCAUUCACAAAGACAAAAUGUUGCAGCUGGUCGCAGUUGUGCUAACCAACAUGGAAGACAACCAAGCCUUCCCUAAGAUGUGCUGCGUGGUGCAAACACACUGUGUGGACUAUCUGGAUGGCUGCACGGAGGCCCUGUCUGUGACAUGUGCGAUGGUGUCCCUGCUGGAGCGCUUUCCUCAGUGUGUGCCAAAGAAGGAUCAGCUGGGAAAACUGUGCUCGGUUCUCACGCACUGUGUGGUGGCCGCACCUUGCCCAGCUCAAGCAGAAGACCUUAAGCCCUAUAUCAAAGACAUCAACAGCGUGGCCCACUUCAUCAAGUCUCUCUGGACUUUGUCUGAAGCGGCACUGCGCAAGACACUAGAUGUGGUCUCUGCCAUCCUCACCAACAGCGAGGACAGAUUUUCACCUCCCUUGGCUGCAAUUGUGGAGCUUUUGCCGCCUUCCCUGGUGUCCACGGCCACAUGCUCCAUGAGCCACAGUCUGAGUGGCUCUGCUGAUGUGGAACCACUGGUGCGGGCAUCCCGUCGGCUGCUGCGGUGUUUGGCCUGGCCUGGCAUGAGCUCAAUGCACCUUUGGGUCACAGCAGCGUUGCGUGGAUUUGUGGCUACAGGACGCUUCGCUCUCAUCACUGACCUCUUUGAGUCCUCUGUCGACAUGGUGUUCUGCAGGGCAGUGCAGCCAUUGACCCGCAAGUGCGCGUUCCCAGUGCUGGCUUUUAUGCUGCUAUCAUACCAGCACUCUCCGGCUCUCUUCCACAAGGUCCUUCCUCAUCUGCCACUGUUUGUGAAGCAACUGCAGAAUGACCCAGUCCUUCAGGAGCUGGCCAGCCUGUCUUACACUAUGAUGUACUUGCACUCGGGCUUCCCUGAUCUCUAUGAUGCUGUGCUAGAUGCUCUCAAGGAUGUGUCGGCACCCAGCGUGGAUGAGAUGCAGCAGCUGCUGCACCAGUACCGGCUGGCCUCGGCUACGGAGCGCUACGUUGGAGGUAUUGUGGGAUCUGCCCUGGUACGUCGUGAGGCUGAGCUCGUUGGGCUGCUCAACCUGGGCAACACGUGCUAUGCCAACAGCGUCCUCCAGGCACUCUACAUGACCUCGCGCCUGAGAAACCAGCUGCUUCAAAGUGACACUCUACCACCAGGGACCAUCCUGAAGAGCCUGCAGGAGUUAUUUGCAUUCUUGGCACUAUCGCAGAGACCAGCUGUGUGCCCUGAAGACUUUCUGCGCACCUCCAAGCCACCUUGGUUCCAGCAGGGAGAGCAGCAGGACUGCUCAGAAUUCCUUCGCUACCUUGUCGAUUCGUCGCACGAGGAAGGAAAAAGACAUGGCUUCCCGCUGAGUGGCUCACACAGCGCAGGGCAGACACUCAUCCAGGAGGUCUUUGGGGGAGUGGUCUGCACCACUUACCACUGCCUUACUUGCAAUGGCGAGAGCAAGAAUGAGGAAGCAAUCACGGACCUGCACGUGGCUUUCCCCGAGGAGUCCAGGAUAGGUGGCAGCAGCGAGAGCAAGGUGUACCAGACUCGAUCAACCACCAAGUCGACUGAGGUCAAGAACGAGUCCUGCCAGGACGUUACCAAGGCACUGGCCCUGGAAGACAUGCUCGAGACUUACUUUGAACCGGAGAGCAUGGAAGGCGAGAACAGAUACCACUGCAGUGUGUGUGGCACCCUAAGGGACGCACGCCGAACUGUAGCUCUGGCCGAGCCCCCUCGCCAUCUUGUGCUGACCUUGAUGCGCUUCUCGUACGAUGGUGUUACGGGGACCCGAGCCAAGAUUCUCCGCGAGGUGGUCUUCCCCCAGACCCUGGCCCUGCCCUCUAAUUGCGGCCUUGGCAGCAACCAGCAGCCGACCUACAUCCUCUAUGCCGUGGUGGUCCACUCGGGCACCUCGGCUGAUCGUGGCCACUAUUAUACGUACGCGCGAUACUCCAGCCAGGAGUCGCUGUCUCCACGCAAGUCGGUCUACCGCUCGGGGACACCCGAUCCUUUGUGCAAGCGGUGGUACCUGUUCAACGAUAGUCGGGUGUCUGCAGCGUCGUAUGCCAGCCUGCAGGGUCUUACAAGCCGCUUUCCUCGAGAUACUGCAUAUGUGCUCUUCUACCGACAGAUGGACAGCAACCUUGCCUACGAGGAGGCUGCACCGGGGGACCUGGUCCACUCGAGCUUGCGAGACCUGGUUGACUUGGACAAUGUCAAAUACUUUGAGGAGCAAGAAGCAAAAAGCAAGCGCGCCCGCUGGUCAUUCAAGAGUCCCAAUGGCAGCGACUCCUUUGAUGGUGGACCGUCGACUGGGGGAUGCGGUGGAGGAGGCCUGGGCCUCAGUGGUUUGCCACACAUGGUUUUCUAGCAUGGCUGGUCAAUCGCACAAUCUCUGGCCUUCAGUUGUUCCUGUCAGCGCAAGUGGGCAAACACUGUUGUCUGUGAUAAUCAUGUAAAUUAUUUUUGUUAUAUAAAGGCUUUAUAAUGUUAAAAUAUUGCCACAGUUCUUGUAAACUACUUUUAUGAACGUGUGAAUGUAUGCUGCUGAAUGUGUAGGAGAGAUGUUAUGUUUUUAUUCCAUAGUAAACGUUUUCAAGUGUGAAAGAAAAAUGUGUGACUUGCUUUUUACUGUCCUACCUAUGCGAAUAAAACAAUUGACUGAUUGUGCCA